AUGGCUCCCAAGACGGUGCUGAUCACCGGCUGCUCCUCGGGCAUCGGGCUGGCGCUGGCCGUGCGGCUGGCGAGGGACAAACAGCGCCGGUUCCGAGUCAUCGCCACCAUGAGGAACACGGGCAGGAGCGCGGCGCUGGCGGCGGCGGCGGGGCCGGCGCUGGGCAGGACGCUGGAGAUCAAACAGCUGGAUGUGUGCGAUGAGAGCUCCAUCCGUGCCUGCCUCGACAGCAUCCCCGGGCGUCACAUCGAUAUCCUGGUCAGCAAUGCCGGGGUGGGCAUGGCGGGACCCCUGGAGUGCCAGAGCCUGGCAGCCAUGCAGAGCCUCAUGGACACCAACUUCUUCGGCCUCGUCCGCCUGGUCAAGGAGGUGCUGCCCGACAUGAAGAGACGCCGCGGGGGCCACAUCGUCGUCAUCAGCAGCAUCAUGGGCCUGCAGGGUAUCGUCUUCAAUGACAUCUACUCGGCCUCCAAGUUUGCCGUGGAGGGUUUCUGCGAGAGCCUGGUGGUGCAGGCGCUGCGCUUCAACGUGGCGAUCAGCCUGGUGGAGCCGGGGCCGGUGAUGACGGAAUUCGAGACCAAGCUGUACGAGGAAGCUGAACGCGCCGACUACUCACGGACAGACCCCGAGACGGCCGAAAUCUUCACCAAGCUCUACCUGAGGAACUCCAGGGAUGUCUUCACCAGCCUGGGCCAGACCCCUGAGGACAUUGCAGAGCACACCCUGCGGGUGAUCGAGGCGGCCCGGCCGCCGUUCCGGCACCAGACCAACGUGGCGUACACACCCAUGGCUGCCCUCAAACACGCCGACCCCAGCGGCGCCCUCAUCACCGACGCCUUCUACCAGCUGGUGUUCAAGUACGACGCCGUGCUGCGCUUCGGCCUCCGCGCCAUCCGCCUGCUCCGCUGGAAGGCUCAGAAGGUCAAGGCUGGCGCGCGGCUCCUGGGCUUCAAAUAA